AUGAGUUCUGAUACAGAUCAUGCCGUGAACUUCUUGAGUAAUGCUUCCUCCGAACUGUCCGCCGUCUCCAAUUCUAGCUCCCCGGGCAACGGGACCGAACCGAGCUCGUUCAGCCUCAGCCGUGCGCUUCCACUGGGCAUGGUUCUGGGCGCUUUUAUUGUGUUUGCUAUCGUGGGCAACAUUCUCGUUAUUCUCUCCGUAGUGUGCAACAAGCACCUGCGCAUCCCAACCAACUACUUCAUCAUCAAUUUAGCCAUUGCAGACUUGUUGCUGAGCACAACUGUUCUGCCGGUGUCCGCCACGCGUGAAAUUCUCAACUACUGGGUGUUCGGGAGGAUUUUCUGUGACAUCUGGGCUGCGGUGGAUGUGCUGUGCUGCACCGCAUCCAUCAUGAGUCUGUGCGUGAUCUCCAUAGACCGCUACAUCGGGGUGCGUUACCCGCUGCAGUACCCGAGCAUUGUGACCGAGAAAAGGGCGCUCCUAGCCAUGCUGGGUGUUUGGGUUCUUGCCUUUGUCAUCUCCAUAGGACCUCUGCUCGGGUGGAAAGAGCCUCCUUCAGAGGAUGACACUGUGUGCCUCAUCACAGGGGAGCCGUUUUACGCGCUCUUCUCCUCGCUGGGCUCCUUCUAUAUCCCGUUAGCGGUGAUUCUGGCCAUGUACUGUCGCGUGUAUGUAGUUGCCAAAAGAACCACGAAAAACCUCGAAGCUGGAGUGAUGAAGGAGCGCAUGGACUCCAAUGAGCUGACGCUUCGGAUUCAUUAUAAAGGCUCUCAGACGCAGGAUGACUGCAGCAAAGGCCACAUGAGGAGCUCGCUGACAGUCAAAUUACUCAAGUUUUCUAGAGAAAAGAAAGCUGCUAAAACGCUUGGUGUUGUUGUGGGCAUGUUCAUCCUGUGCUGGUUACCAUUUUUCCUCGCACUACCCAUCGGGUCGUUUAACACCAGUUUACGUCCUCCUGAAACAUUCUUCAAAGUGAUCUUCUGGCUGGGCUACUUCAACAGCUGCCUGAACCCCAUUAUUUACCCCUGUUACAGUCGUGAGUUCAAGCAGGCCUUCAUUCGGAUCCUGCAGUGCCAGUGUCAGCAGAGGAAACAACAGGGCUGGAGGGCAUACAACUACCGUGUCCAGAAGUGCUCGGAUAACCAGGUCUACACAGACACCAGCUCCAUUUGCAUGAACGGCAGUCAGCAGACCCUGGCCCCAGUGCAACCCAGAGUUGUGGGCUCUCGUCCGGCAUCAGGCCUUCUUCCAGGCUGGGGCCCCUGUACUUCCUCUUCCUCCCUAUCUGGGAGCCCUUUUCCGAUAUCUAGACACACACCUGAGACUACAAUCUAGCUUGGUGUCAAUAGACUUUCAUGCCAAUGAUUUUCUCUGUCUUUCAGUUCUUUCUGGAUGGAUCUGAUACGUUAUUAUAGAUGUGAAAUACAUUGGGCAUCUUGUCAUGCAUGUCAGCAUUGUUGUUUAAUUUGAGAGUUGCAGUUGCUAUGUAAGAGAUAAUGUACAGUCAGCUGGUAAUGAUCACAAAAUAAACCCCGACCAGGUGAUAAGG